AUGAAACGAAGCUUAGCUUCUAUCGAUUACCUAGUGUCUGCAAUACCCAAGAGAGCUACGGUCCCGCUGAUUAAAAAACCGCCGAAACCAAACAAUCUUCCUCCAAGCGAUGCGUCAGCUUUAGUUUAUACGCCUGAUGAUCUUAAUGACUACUUUCGAUACAAGGAGUUUGGCAAACCCACGAAGGGCCAGCUAGCUAAGGCAGAUCAAUUUUUUGCAAGACACAUACCAAAACACGAGUGGACUUGUGGAAAAUACGAGGAUAUCCCAGACCUAAAGAUCAACCGGUUGCAACAGGAGUACAAGGAGAAGCUCUCUCGAAUAGACCCAUAUAGACGAACCCAAUAUCAUGACAAUUUGGAAAAAAGCAAGUCAACCUACGGCUACUCUCUUGACGUGCUUCGUCCGUUACCGGAGAUCUUACUUUUAGGACACACAAAUGCUGGGAAGUCAACCAUGGUCAAUACACUCUUCCACAAUUCUCGCAAGAUACAAGGUGAGUUGGCUUUUGUUAGCAGACGUGCUGGCUUCACCAAGUGCUUAAAUAGCUUCAACAUAGGUGGCAAGCUUCGCCUAAUAGAUAGCCCUGGCUAUGGUAUGUAUGGCGAAGAAAAGCAGGGAGAAGUGGUGCUUGACUACAUAAGAAACAGAAAUCUUCUUCGGCGAGUGUUUCUUUUGGUUGACAGUAAAAUUGGCUUUCAAGAAGAGGACUCAAUGCUUAUAGACGUUCUUGUUGACGAAGGAACUCCGUUUGAAAUCAUCUUCACCAAAGUUGACGAUAUCGUCCUAAGCCAGUUUCCCAAAUUUCAAGUAAAGUCUUCAAAAAAUGAUGUUGAGGGCCGUCUAAAGGGAUAUGAAAUGGUCAAGGAAGGUAACACUCGAGUAAUCACUUAUUUCGAGAAUAUCGUCGCUAGGGCAAGGUUGCGGGACCUUGCAACCAUUCCACGACUAUUCUUCAGCAACUCGCAGCUGAACAAGUUUCUUACUAAAAAAGCAGGCAUGAGCGACAUUCGCUAUGCCAUCCUCGAAAGUUGUGGCCUAAUAGAUCCUCCACCUACUUCAGUCGAGGAGGAAAGCUUAAGCCCAGUUGCCAACAAGGGGCGCAGAAAGAGAACAAUUCGAAGCAUAUCACUAUAG